UAUUUUAUCGUGUGAUAAAAAAUAUUCGAAACGAAAACGGCGUAGUGAGUUGUAUUUUAAUAUUGUGGAGUUGUGUGUUUAUGGAGUAGGAUUUACAAAGGCUGUGGUUGUAGUUUUACAUUCGCAAGUGCAGGAUUGAGGAAAGAAUAGAAAUCAUUCAUUAACGUGAGCUGUUUACUGAGGAUUUAUGGGAGAAGAAGCAAUCAUCUGUGAUAUGUGAAAAAUCGAGUGUGAUUAUUAAUUAUACAGUGCUAAGAUCUACACGUAUAAUUCCAUUAUGAACGUACCUAUUACUACUGAUAAAACUACCAAACAGUUAUCAAACUCGUAGGAAAACUAAACUCCAACCAUCUACCAGCUGAUGGUACUGGUGAUAUUAUUCGCUUUGGGAAUCUGUUCAUCAUGAUGUUGUUGUGUGUGGUGGCCGCCGUGUUGAUGUACCUAUCGGCAGGUGUCGUGUGCAGCCCAUUCCACUUUGUCGUUCUGCCCAAUGUGCUGCGUCUGGAGACGGAGGAAGUGGUCAGCCUCACCUGUCUGGAAGCAGAGCAUGACGUCACGUACAAGAUCUACCUGCAGGACCAUCCCGACAGGAGGAAAGUUUUCUUCCAAACAGUGGCAACAGUCCCGCAAGGUGAAGUUCGAACAGUGAAAGUUGUGGUCAACGUUGCUGACCUUCCCCAACCUUUGACCUCACCACUGUUCGUUCAGCUGGUCGUGGAGACGGUGGAUCACGAGCCACCUUUCAAGAAAGAAGCGACCCUAUUGGUUAACGAGAGUCCUGGAUAUAUUUUCAUCCAAACAGACAAGCCUCUCUAUACGCCCGACCAGUCAGUUUACACGCGAGUCAUGACGUUAAACGAAAACUUCAGACCUGUACAAUGGCCGUUUCAAGUGGACAUUCAGAACCCAGACGGGAUGACCAUCAGCCGAAAGCUGGUGGACAACACGAAGGACCUCAUCACCAAGGACGUCAUGAAGAUCCCAGACAACCCCGUCUAUGGCAACUGGACCGUGACGGCAAAGUUCGUCAACGGGCUAAAAACGUCAAGUUCUGUGAGGUUUGAAGUUAAAGAAUACGUCCUGCCGACUUUUUCAGUCAGUUUUCACAUUCCAGACGAGGCGAAAGUUAUUUUAGCAAACGAUACGAACAUUCGCCUGGUAGUAGGCGCCAAGUACACAUACGGUAAGCCUGUGAUCGGUCACGUGACAGUUAUUUUUGGACUUCUCUGGCAUGGUCACGUGUUCCACGUGGGAAAACAACGGAACUUACAGUUAAACGCCACCGGGUUCACGGAAUGUGGGAUAACCAUGGACGAGCUGAGACUUCCGGUGCAGGCCGUCUGGUUCCCCAAUGGCGGGAAACUCCAUCUGCAGGCCGCGGUUACAGAGCUCGCUUCCGGUCGAAUCGAGAAAGCCGAUGACGUCAGCAUCGUCUUCUCCGACCACCUGUACGUCAUCAAGUUCACGCGCUCCUCCAGGCAGUUUAAACCUGGGCUGCCUUACGUCCUAGAGAUUGACGUGUACAAAGCCAACGGGGACCUGGGUUCGAACCUCCCUAUUGCCGUCACGUGUAAAGCGACAACCUCUAAAGACAACACUGAAGAAACCAUCUUACCCCUCCACCCCGGGGGCGGGGCCCCACUGCUCACGGACGCCAGGGGUCGGCUUACCGUGACCUACUUCAUACCUGCGCACGUGCAGUUGGUUCAGUUCAAGGUCUGGCCGCGAGACGUGAGCAUUGACCAACUGACCAGCUCAACAUUUGCCUUUGGCGUUAGUCCCUUUUACUCACCAUCAGCCGUGUACAUGCACCUGCAGGCAACACUAACAGAUGUGAAACGUCAAGGACAGAUGCCUAGGGCCGGAGAUUACAUAACUGUGUUGACCACAUACACGUCAGCACCGGAUAUUGCUACAGUCAAUCUGUUGAUUGUGUCACGUGGUAAGAUCGUCUGGCAGGCAAGCACGAGAAACAUCAUGGGCAACAGCACGACAUUCCACCUGCAACUGACCAACGAGAUGGCGCCCGGUGCCAGGAUACUGGCAUUCGCCAUCAAGGGCGAGGAGGCGGGGGCGGAGGUGGUGUCCGACUCGGUGUGGAUGGACAUCAUGGGGCAGUGUGACGGUGAGUUGUCCAUAAAACGUGAGGAUGAUAGCAAGAAAACCCUACGACCUGGUGACAUAGGAACGGUAACUCUAACAGGAGUCCCCAACAUGGUUGUCGGCCUUUUAGCAGUAGACAGCGCCGUGUACCACCUCAAAAACAGCUCACUAACUAGACGAUCGGUGUUUCAGCAGCUGAGUGCGCAUGACAGAGGGUGUGGUUACAGUGGCGGGAGAGACACGGCCAAAGUUUUUGAGUACUCUGGUCUGACGGUGCUGACCAACGCAGGAGUCACCAUGACGCCGAAGACUGUAGAAGGCUGUGCGGACAAGAUGGUCAGGAAGAGAAGGUCACCUGAAGCGAAAAAGCGCGCGCUAGACUUGUGUUGCCUGGAGGGCGCCUCGUUAUACAACGCCUCGCUCUCACUGUGUUACUAUGCGUCACAGCAACUGAAAAAGAGGAUGACCUUUGACCUGUGCGCGCAAGAGUUUUUCAGGUGCUGCAAAGACAUUGCUAAAGGGAGGAUAUCACUAGAUAGCUUGGGAAGAAUGAUGGGGAUACCGAAGCGGGCGGGGGACGAACUGGAGGUGGCACUGGAUGAGGACGUGAUGCAGAUCAAGAACAUCCCCAUAAGGACAAACUUCCCAGAGUCGUGGUGGUUUGAGGAGUACAACCUGGGACCGGAAGGCCGAGCAGACGUAGACUUCGUGCUGCCAGACUCCAUCACGACCUGGUCUGUGGAGGCGCUGGGCAUGUCCAUGGAGACGGGGCUCUGUCUGGCCCCGCCCCUUGAACUCGUGACCUUCAGCUCCUUCUUCGUUCACCUUGACCUUCCUUACAGCGUGAUCCGCCUUGAGCAGCUGGAGGUCAGGGCCACAGUGUACAACUACAUGAACAGGAAACUGAGGGUGAACCUACUCAUGCAUAGCGUGGAUGGAAUCUGCUACUCCAGCCCUCCAGGGGAGCACACAGACUUCAUUAGGCUGGAGAUCGAACCCAACGAGGCGGCCUCUGCCUACUUUCCCAUUGUGCCGCUGGAGAUUGGGGAAUUCCCGAUCACGGUCAAAGCCUUUUCGUCAUGGGGGAGGGACGCGGUGGAGAGGAUAUUGAGAGUCGAGGGCGAAGGUAUCGAGAAGAUCCACACCAUCUCUGUUAUGUUGGACCCCAGUGGCAAAAGAUUCCUCCGCCAUCGCCCAUCCAACCAAACAUUCAACGUCAAAAACGAGGUCCGAGUGGCCGAGAAGCGCCAGAGCGUAGAGCUUGACCUUGACCUACCACAGGAAGUGAUCCCCGACACGGACAGCUGCACACUGCACGCGAUGGGCGAUCUUCUGGGCCCCACCCUACAAGUGAUGAUAGACGGGGUGACGGAACUCCUGCGGAUGCCGACCGGAUGCGGUGAGCAGAACCUGAUCUACCUGGCACCGAACGUGUUCGUGACCCGGUACCUGAGGUCAACCAGGAGACUCUCGGCUCUCAUUGAGAAGAAGGCCAUCGCCCUCAUACGUCAAGGCGUGUCCAAACAGGCAUACUUCAGGAAGUCCGACGCGUCAUAUGGUACCUGGCCACAUGCCGAUUCCAGUACUUGGCUGACGGCCUUUGCCAUGAAGACCCUGUGCCAGGCUGAGCACUACGUCACGGUUGACCACACGCAGACGUGCGAGUCGUUCAACUGGAUCGCCAGACAGCAGCACGACAACGGCACCUUCCGUGAGGAGGUCUGGGUCACCCACCGCGAGAUGCUGGGUGGAAUCAACGGUGACGUGUCCCAUGCUGCUUUUAUCCUGAUAGCUCUACUGGAGUGUGACUGCCCUAAGGAGAACCACAGUGACGUCAUCACACGGACCCAGAAGUACAUUGAGUCAGCCUCUACCCAGACCGACCGACCCCUGGCCAUCGCCAUCAGUGCAUAUGCCCUGACCCUGGCGGGGUCGCCCGUGGGGGAUCAGCUGAUGAAGCGACUCCUGUCCGUAGCCAAGUCUUCGCCCGAGGGUUUCACGUACUGGUCCCCUGGCACUGAGGCCGACUUCGCCAACCAUGACGUCCCCUACUGGUACGCUAAAAAACCCGGCGCCCUGGCCGUGGAGGUGACGUCAUACGCCCUGCUGACGUUCUUGGCGCGUGGUGACAUCACGACCAGCACGAGCGUGGUGGGCUGGUUGCUCAUGCAGAGGAACUCACAGGGGGCGUUCGUGUCUACUCAGGAUACAGUGGUAGCACUGCAAGCCUUGUCGGAAUACAGCAUGAAAUCAUACUCCGCCAUCUUGGACAUGACGUGUCACAUCCGAUCAGAGGUCGACGAUCGCUUCAGGAAAUCGAUUUCUUUGACGCCCAGCGACGCGAUGGUGGUCAAAUCAGUUCCCAAGGUCCCCACGGGCGGGAAACUUCACUUUGAAGCUGAGGGGACGGGGGUCGGCAUGAUGCAGGUCGAGGUCAGGUUCAACGUCCCAGAGGACCAGAGCAACUGUAGGUUCGAGGUCAAGGUCACCACGCACCACCACAACACGCUGUUGCAGAGUUUCUUCGGGGAGAGCAGGAGACCUAGAUGUGAGCCCUGCUCCAUGGACUGUGAAGACGAAUCCAACGAUGACGAGGACGAGGAAGAGGACUUCGAGAACUUUACCUUCCCACCCAUCAUGCCCCGUAUCGCCACCCUCUGGGGCAGGAAGGCGAGAGGCGAAGACCUUGACCUAGAUAAGGAACUGCAGGAGAAUCACGCCAGGGAAAAGAUUCCAGAAAUAGAAUUUGGUUCUAGAAUUGGAAGACCGAGGAGAUCCACGAGACCUUACAGUGCUACCGUCAUUUGUGUGGAGACCUGUUUUAGGUAUCUGGGUACACAGACAACAGGUAUGGCGGUUGUUGAUGUGGGUCUGUUUACAGGGUAUGUGCCUGUCAUUGAUGACCUGGAAACACUAAAGAAAAAAGGCAAGAUCGACAACUACGAGAAAUCUCAACGGUCUGUUGUCCUCUAUCUAAAUGAGAUUUCCAACAAAGACACGACGUGUGUGAAGUUCAGAGCCAGGCAGGAACAUGUGGCAGACAACAUUCAACCUGCUAAGGUGCAGGUCUUUGAUUAUUAUAAUCCAGACGAACGCUGCACUGUGUUCUACAAGGCCAACAACGUCAGCGGGCAACUGGCCAACUUUUGUGACAACCGGAAACAGAUUUGUCAGUGCUUGGAGAGUCGAUGUGCUUUGUGUGAGGAGAGUUGGCAUGGACUGGGCUGGAUGGAUGUCAUGAAGUUCGCCUGCACUAACGCUACAUAUGUUCUGGAGGUGAAGGCACUAGACAGGGACCUGGAGAAGGCUGGCUUUGAGCGACUCCUGGGACAGAUCAACGCCAUCCACUCACAGAGAGGUCGUCAUGAGAUGAAGGUCGGCGACAAGGUCAUCCUUCUGAAGCGGUCGUCCUGCUUCUGUCCUCGAGUUACCCCAGGAGAGAACUACCUGAUGCUUCUGUCAGAUUCCAAGAGAUUCAAAGACGCCGACGGUCAUCAAAUCUACGCCUUCCUCCUGGACAAGAAAGUAUUCGUCAUCCAGCACCUAAAGCCUCGCGGUCUGAGCGGGAGUCAGAAGGAAAUCGCCAAGGUCGUCAAGAGGGUUCUCAAGCGGCUGGAGCGCCGGGGCUGCGGGCCCCACAAGUCUGUCAGGAGCGGGGUGAGGAGGAGGAGGGUCAGGCGGGUCAAACAUGUCAAGAUGACCUGAAGAGUUUUAUUUUUGUUGUUCGAGAGAGAUAUGAUACAUUUUUAAAAUACAAUUUAUGAUGUUA